CAGCUUGUCAUUUGUCAAGUGUCAAUCAUGGCCGACGAGGUGAAAAAAAUUUCGUUCGGCUUUUCAAAAUCAGUAAAGAAGCCAGUUUUGAAAAAUACAGUGCAACAUGAAAAAAAGAAAAUCGAUUAUAUCGAGUGUCUGGAUGAGAAAGCGAUUAGGGUUAUUGGUUCCGAAGACAAAAAAGAAGAUGAACCGCUGGUGAUACCAAUGCGAGGAUCAAAAACUUGGCAUGAUAGAAUAGUUAAUAAAAUUGACGCAGAUAUCUUUGAGCCCAAAGUGAAAACAAACUCAAAUGGAGAUGCAGCUGAUAUUGUGGUUAAAAAGGAGCGCAUUGACGCAAUGGACGUUGACGAAGCUGACAUAAAACUUGUAGAAUCUGUAACGAUAAAACAAGAGGUCAAAGUUGAGGAAUCCAAACCGCCUAACACAUUGGAAGAGCAAGCGGCGCAAGAAAUCCUACAAGAUCUGCAUAGCACAGAAACCAACGGCAACGAACCAAGUACUUUUUCCUUACCUGUUAAAGAUGCCGCUUCAUUAGCUGGUGAACAAGAGUCAACCUUGGAGGACUAUGAGAGCAUUCCAAUUGACGCUUAUGGAAUGGCUAUGCUACGUGGCAUGGGGUGGAAACCUGGUAAAGGAAUUGGUAAAAAUGAGAAAUUAGUUGAAGCAUCUAUACCUGCUCUGAGACCAAAAGGAAUGGGACUUGGUGCAGAUAAAGUAACAAUGCAGAAACAAAACGGUAAACCAAGAACAAAGGAAGAAGAAGAACUGAAACUUAUAAAAGGAGCUUUCGUCAAACUGAUUGCUGGAAAGCAAAAGGAUUCCUAUGGGCAGAUUGAAGGUCUCGAUGACGACGCGGGUAGAUUCAUAGUGAAGAUGGCACUAGGAGGAAACGUUGUGUCUGUAAAUGAAUCUGUCGUUCAAGCAGUGACAAAAGAAGAGUAUCUGAAAAAUGGCAAAGUCCUAAACUCUGCCAAGUAUCAGGAGUACAAGGAUAAAGAUAUAGAUAACACAGGUGUUGAGAGUCGUUUGCCAAUCGUAGAAUCAUCAGAUGGCGAACGAGAGGAAAGAAGAAGAGGUAGAAAGGAUAAUAAAGAACACAGUGAAAGCACUACCAGCGGAAAAAGAAAAGUGAAGAAAUCCAAAAGACGGUCGAGCGUUGACGACAGUAGUCCCGAUUGUACAAGAAAAAGAAAUGAUUCGGAUAGUAGCGAGGUCGAAAAAAAGCCGAAAAAAUCGAAAAAAUCUAAGAAACACCGGAAUCGCGAUAGUUCGGCAGAACGAUCGAGUAGAAAGAAUCGGAAGAAGGAUAAAGAGCGGGAGAAAAGAAAGGAUAGAAGAUGUUCCGAAUCGCCAGAACGAAGAAAGCACAAAAAACAUAAAAGAUCUAGAUCUAGGUCACCUAGAAAAUAAUUUUCAUAGAUGACGUAAUGUUAUUUUAUAUCUACCGUGGACGAACAAUUGUAUGAUAAAGUUUUCGUAAUAAAAUUUGUUCAUUUUUAA